AUGGCCAAAGAAACAAAAGCAAGGACACUCUAUGUCCGGGCCGAGAAAAGCCAAGAUCACCCCAAUGACGGAGAUGACAACAAACAACAUGCUUUAUUCCAUCCGCGCCAUAUCACCCUUGAGACCUUCCGCAACCUGCUAUCCCACUACUCUUCAACGGUAGAGCGAGUGCACCGCGGCAAGCUGAUGCUAAAGCUGCAAUCGAAGACGGGGAAGGGGUCCAAGCGCAAGGCAGAGACAAAGACAGAGGUCGAUUCGUCCCAGGAGAAGCACAUUCUCGAAGAGACGAAUAAAUUCCUCCAGCUCGACCGCUGGCGGUAUGAAGCUCUGCCGAAGAUUAUCGCGGAGCGGGCGGGUGAGGGUGGCCAGAAAGGAAGUGUACCGGAAGGGGCGCAUUUGCUCAAGGAGGAGUUAAUUGAUAUCAUGGACUGGAAGACGAAACAUGGAGUCUCCCGUCCCAUGCUCAUGGGAAUGGUGAAAAGCAACCAAGUUGCCACGGUCACCAAGUCUACAUCUACGGCUUUUGCCGUCCUCCCAGAUGCAGACCCUGUGGUUGCGCCGAACGAUGCAUUCCCUAAAGCCAGUCUGGAUGCUCUUACUGCGCCUAUCCGUGGCGUCGGCCCGGCUACUGCAUCUUUGAUUUUAUCUAUCGCCACGGUCUUCGGUGAUGCUAAGAAACAAGUCCCCUUUUACAGUGACGAUGUGUACCUUUGGCUAUGUCUGACAGACUUUCCAGAGGGUCAGGGUGCCAAGGAGCAGAAGCCUUCUAAACAUAAGAAGCCUAAUGGGGAGUUGAUUGUCAAGUACAAUAUGAGCGAGUAUCGAGAUCUGUGGGAUGCUUCGCAGGAGCUGCGGGCACGGCUGAACAAUGGCGGAGAGAGGUCUGGGGAUGCACCUGUCUCUUUUAUCGAUAUUGAGAGGGCAGCUUAUGUGCUUCGCAAUAUCGCUGUCUCGGAUUACUAUGCCACUCCAGAUCCCGAGGCUGGUUUAAAGACUGUGAAAAUUAUGGACCCGGUGAAUAGUCAGAUAUCAAAGGAAUCAAAGGAUGAUUCUGGUGAGGCUGGGACUAGGCGGAGUAAGAGGAUAAAGCAAGAAGCUAUGUGA